CCUUCCUUAGAUAUAUAUCCCUAUGCUGCUAUAAACAGUUGUUGACUCUUAGUUUUUACUUUGCACUGCUUGUAGCAUCUCACUUCCUGCCAGGCAUGGCAUACCAAUUCUUCGCAAAGGCGCAUCAAUCUAAAGCGCCUACCUCUCCACCUUUGUCUGCCCCUCAGGCUUCAGUGUCGACAUUUUCUUCCUCCAAGCCCGCGCAUUCUCGACCGCCGGUAUACCCAGCGACCCGUCUACCUUCGUCCUCAUCUUCGAACGCAUUCUCACUCAACUUGCCCACCCGAGUGCAGCCCCCUUCUUCCAAGGACACGCCCUUCCAGCCGACCGCGUAUCCCCAUCGCAUAGCAUCAGGCCACCCCACUCCGCACCCGCACGUUACGGUCGAAGUCGUGAGUACAGCUCACAUACCCUCUCUGACUCGGAUCACGGGGUUGCUGCUGCCUAUCCGCUACCCGAACUCAUUCUACACAGCCACGAUCACUGACCCCGUGAUCGCGUCGCUGUCCCGCGUGGCCAUUUACCAUGAUCACCCGGUGGCCGCAGCGCCCGCAUCCACCAAUCUCAAGGCACCGACAACCGGCACUGACAAAGUCAUCGGGGGGAUACGCUGUCGGCUGGAGCGACUGCCUUCCGCUACCGCGGAAACCCUGCAGGCAUGUCACCACUCCCAGCAGCAAGAACCGACCAACCUCUACAUCCAGACUCUUCACCUUCUUUCUCCGUAUCGAGGCUGUGGAGUCGCAGCCUCACUUCUGAACUCGCUACUCUAUGCUUCCUCGCUUCCCUCUGCGUCUUCGAGUCUAAAAGCUCCACCUCAAGUCUCCGACCUGGUGAAACAUUACAACAUUCGCACUGUCACGGCACACGUGCACGAAGCCAAUGAAGACGGUCUGAAAUGGUACCUUGCGCGUGGCUUCCAAUUAGAGGACGGCGUGGUAGAAAAUUACUACCGCCGCCUGAAACCUUCUGGGGCCAGGAUCGUCAAACUCGUCCUGCAGUGGAACGAUGACGAGCACGUGCAUGUGGAAAGCCAGGUUCAGAACAGUCUACCAUCUUCCACUCUGAAGCACAAGCCAGUCAAUGAAGACGACGAUGAAGACUGGGAGAAGGUCGAGGCAGAAGACGAGCAGGAGGACCAUGGAGUGCAGCCAAUCUUGGAUUCGGAAUCCAAGCUUUUCGAAGCCGACGAUAGCCUAAAUAGGAAGCGCAAGGCUGAAGAUGAUCACGCAAAACGUUAGCCUGCUACCGCCUCAGUUUUUUAUCACCAUGGGCUUCAAGUCUCGUCGCGCAUUGCAUCAUUUGGACAUUUUGUUUUGAAAUACUAUGGAUACCCUGUUUGCUACCUGCAUCAUACACUAUAUAGAAUACACAUCUUCUACCUGGGCUGUGCUUCAUGGAAUUGCCUAUCCACCUCUCAUGUCGGAUGCAUCCAUACUACCUGAAGUGAUUUGUUUUAGAAG